GAAGCAACUGAUAAAAGAAGACGAGUGUAAAGGAAAAAAGUGAAAAAUUUGCACUUUUUCACAAGAAUUUCAUUGAGAUUUUUGUGCUGCCGGUAGAGCAGUUAAAAAAGAAAAUAUUUCAACAAAUUUUGUAACUGCAACAACUUAUAAAGUGUAAAUAUCUAAAGAAAUAGAAUUAAUAAAGUGUUUUCAAACAAUUAAGCGUGAAAAACCACAACUUUAACGAAAACUAAACAACGUGGUUGAAAAAAUAUAGAAAAAGUACGAACGUAGAGAAAAUCAUACAAAAAAAUUAUGCAAAAAAAGUGUUUUCGUUGACAAGUGUGACAAGACCAACAACGGAAUCCAAGCUAAAUUUUGAAGAAAAAAAAAUCGAACAAAGGAAACUAUUGCAUUAAAAACGGCUGGAAAUUUUGUAAUAAAAUAAGUUUAGCAUUAUUAAAAAGUUAUUCACUCAGCAAGAAUUUUGCCUUUUAAGGGGAAAAGGCUUAAAGAACAACAACAAAAAAAGAAAAAGCAGCAUUUUUUAGAAAAGCAGAAAAAAAAAACUAAUACGUAAAAAAUAAAUAAAAACGAACAAAUUUAGACAGAAACUGCGGUGAAAAGAAGAGAAAAAGACAAAAAAAAAAUUUGCAAAAAUAUAGAAAAGAAAAAUAAAAACAAUAAAAACGACGAAAUAAACAACAAAACAACUACAGCAACAAUUACAUCAACUGACCUAAAAUAACAAAAACAACAAUAACACACCAACCAGCCAGUCAGUCAGUCAACCAAACAAACCACCACCAGCAACAAAAACAAAAUGCUUAAUUUGCCAAGUUAAAUUUUUCUCUUCAACCAUCAUCCAACCGAAAAUUUUUAAAUAUUCUUUUCUGCGUUUUGUUUUAUUUAUUUAGUUUAUUAUUAAUUUCGUUUCUGUGCUUUUUUGGUUUAUUUGAAAUAAAACAAAUCCAUAAUCAACCAACCAACAAAAAAUAAAUCUUCAUCAACGACAACCGCAGCAGCAACAACAAUAAUUGUAAUAAUAAACAAUAUUUUAAUAGUUAAAUCCAGCAAAAAUUAAAACAAAAUAUCGCCCGCCGUUUUAGAGUCCUCCUUUAAAUUAAACAAUAACAGCUAAAUACUAAUUUAUUAAGCAAAUAAAGCCACAACAACAAUACCUAUUAGCAGCAGUAGCCAGCAACACUUAAUAUUUUCUAAGGAUUUUUAGACCACAAAGCGCCACCCACAUUAAGGAAAGCCUUCUUACUUUCUAACCCCCCACCAACUUAGUCGACGUUAGACGUUUUUUUAAUUUGGUCUCCGUCGUUGGAUAAACUUCUUUGUUUACACAAAACUUACACUUUUUUAACAAAUAAGCAAGAUGGUUAAAGAAAAACCCAAUUCUACGCGUAUCUACGAUAAGGAUGGCUUUCGCAGACGUGCGGCCUGCAUUUGUGUGCGUUCUGAUGCCGAAACUGAGGUGUUAUUGGUAACCUCCUCAAGACGUCCAGAACUUUGGAUUGUGCCCGGCGGUGGUGUAGAACCCGAGGAGGAACCCUCGGUAACAGCUGCUAGGGAAGUGUUGGAAGAAGCUGGCGUUAUGGGUAAAUUGGGUAGAUGUUUAGGAGUUUUUGAGAAUCGUGAUCACAUGCAUCGCACAGAAGUAUUUGUUAUGACCGUUACCAAAGAACUGGAAGAAUGGGAAGAUUCUCGCAGUAUUGGUCGUAAACGUCAAUGGUUUUCCAUUGAUGACGCCUUGACACAGCUGGCUCUACACAAACCGACACAACGACAUUAUCUAAUGCAAUUGCGGCAUUCGAAAAACAAUUCUAAUGUUAAUUCUACAACAAAUUCACCAACUGCAGCUUCACCUACCACCGCAUAAAAUUAAUUUACUUUUGUUUUGCUUCUGAUUUUUUUUUCUACAUUUUUAUUCUCCUACCUUUUACUUGUUUCGCUGCUUUAGAAAAGAGAAAGAAACUGGCAAAAAAUUAAGGAAAAAAAAAUUCAUUCAUUAAGACACAAGAUAAAGAUGAAGGCGUUAAUAUUUCUGUUCAAUUUUGCUGCAACUCAUUAAAAUUAUUUUAUUAUAUUUUGUCUUUCCUUUAUUCUUUAUUUUUUUUUUUGAGAGUAGUUUUUAAGUUUAUCAUUAUUAUUAUUAAUUAUUAAAAAUCGAUUAUUAUUAGUCCUCAAAAAGAUAAUGAUUUCUUUCUUUUUGUUUAAAGAAGAUGAAAAAGAAGAAUUUACAUACAAACAACACAACAAAACACACUUUAUAAAUGCAUAAAUACACAACAUAUAAACUAAACUAAAUUAAACAAAACUAAAACAUAAAUUAAAUAUUUAUAAAUAGACUCAAUUUUAUGGAACAAUUUACUUAUUUAUACUUUUUGCUUUUUUCGCUUUUGUUUUUAGGAGUUGAAAGAUGUUUUAUAAAAUGGUCUUUAAAAUACACACAUAAAUACAUGAUAAUAAUGAUGAGAAAUUGUUUAUAAAGUUAAAAGUUAAUGAUGUUAAAGAAAAAAUUAACAAAAUUUAUAAUUGAUUAGUUGAUAAUUAUGAUUUAUUUUUUUUUUUUCUUAAAUUAAAUUAUUCUUUUUUUAUAAGAUUUGAAAGAAA